AAACUGAAUUCUCACUCCACGCGUAGAAACCGUGUAUUUCUCCCCUUCAAAUGCCCAGCCGCAAGCUGCCCCACCCCAUAGCAGUCGGCAAAGUUCUGUUAUAGUAAUGGAGAGAAAUUCAGACUCGAAUCAACAACACGACGAAGUUGAGAAAGUCUUCAACAAGUUCGACGCCAACGGGGAUGGAAAGAUUUCGUCGGCGGAACUCGGCGCCGUGCUCAACGGCCUGGGCUCCGCAAUGUCCGCCGACGAGGUGGAGCGCGUGAUGUUGGAGCUGGACACAGACGGCGACGGAUUCAUCGACCUGAAUGAGUUCAAGGCCUUCCACUACGGCGGCGGAGACGAGGGCAGGGAGUUGAAGGAUGCGUUUGACUUGUACGACAAGGACAAGAACGGGAGGAUCUCGGCGAGCGAGCUGCACGGGGUGCUCCGGAAUCUGGGGGAGAAGUGCUCCGUCAAGGACUGCGAAGGAAUGAUCAGCUCCUUCGACGUCGACGGCGAUGGCUGCAUUAAUUUCGAAGAGUUCAAGAAGAUGAUGACUGGGGCUUCAUGAUUCGCAUAAUUCUGUAAAACUCACAACAUCUUUUUGCUCUUUUUCGUCGUGUGGCUAUUUGAUAUUUAUAAUUAAUAUAUUAAAUUUAUCGAUUAUUGUCAAAAUCUAAAUAUUCUAUUACAUCUUCUAUUCUAUGUCAUAGACAUAAUUUUA